UGUACGAGGUCAUAUAAGACGUUGGCUCGGCGCUGUCGUCGGCUGUGGGGGGCCGGAAGUGGUUAGGGGGGAGUCGCCUCUGGAGUGAAGCCUCCUCAGCUGGGAGGUCUGGGGCCCGUCUCGCCGCCGGAGCCAGCCCCAGGCAGACAUGGAUUUCCGAGAGAUCCUGAUGGUGGCGUCUGAGCAGCAGGGGCUGAGCGGGGUGUCGAAAAACAUAAGAAAGUAUGUGAAGAAAAUAUUGAAGUUGUGCAACUAAGGACUCAUACUAUGGAAAGUCAAUUAAGUUAUGGUUUCAUAUGCUAGAAAAGAUACAGUUUGGCAGUAGGCCCUCCCAAAAAAGAUCCAAAAGUCAAAGGUGUCCAUUCUGCAGCAGUGCAAGCUUUUCUGAGACGGAAAGAAGAAGAAAUUAGGGAAAAAGAACUAGAGGCAAAAAGGAAGAAGGAGAAACUUCUAGCUAAGCGUAUUGAACUGAAACAUGAUCGAAAAGCAAGAGCUAUGGCUUCACGGACAAAGGACAACUUCUAUGGCUAUAAUGGCAUUCCUAUUGAAGAGAAGCCUAAAAAGAGGCAGACUUGUGAAAAUGUCAGUCGAUGCACAGAUGCAGAAUAUAUGACAGAAGAUGAGGAAGAGCAAUUUGAAUACAGUCAGACUGAAUCUGAGCAUGAACCAGAGGAAUAUGAGGAGAAACCAUCCAAAGCUGCAGUGAAACCAAAGGCACCUCCCAAAAGUGCUUCUACCCCUAUGAACUUUGUAGAUCUUCUGAGGCUGGCUGAAAAAAAACAGUAUGAACCAGUAGAAAUAAAAGUAGUUAAAAAGACAGAAGAAAGGCCAAGAACAGCAGAAGAAUUGAGAGAAAAAGAAUUUUUGGACCGGAAAAACAAAAAAGGGGAAAUCCAGAAAGAGAAAAAAAAACCUGAAAAAGAGAUUAAGAAUGUAACUGCAUCAAGUUCUUCAAAUAAAGUGUUUUCUCAUAAAGAGUUUAUAAAUGCAAAACUUAGCAAAAACUCAGUGGAUAAAUGUUCCUCUUCAAAAGGCAGUUUCCCUUCUCAGUGUGGUCCUGAUAAGAAAUCCAGUCGACCUGUGUUUAGCGACAAACAUGCAAGGUCGUCAUCUUCCUCCAAAUACAGUCAAGCGGAAAAAGCAAAAGUUACACAAAAUGAAUCUUUAAAAAGCUCAUCAAGUGGCAUCCAUAGUAGAUCUUCAGUCAAUGGAGUAGGAAAAUUUGGGUCAGGCACACAUACACCAAGCUCAAAAGCACCCACUAAUGGGGCUCAGAAACUACAAUCUGCUAAAGAACCUAGUCUGAAAAAAUCUACUUCUCUGCAUACAAAACUGGGUAGUGCAACACCUCCUCAGCAUGAAAUUGUUAAAAAUUCCAGCUCUGGGCGACCGGGAAGCAGUGUGGGAGUGGGCAGGCCCGGGCGGCUGGGGACCAGUGCAGGAACGGGUAGGCCGGCCAGCAGUGCGGGGACGGGCGGGCCCGGGCGGCCGGCCAGCAGUGCGGGGACGGGCGGGCCCGGGCGGCCGGCCAGCAGUGCGGGGACGGGCGGGCCCGGGCGGCCGGCCAGCAGUGCGGGGACGGGCGGGCCCGGGCGGCCGGCCAGCAGUGCGGGGACGGGCGGGCCCGGGCGGCCGGCCAGCAGUGCGGGGACGGGCGGGCCCGGGCGGCCGGCCAGCAGUGCGGGGACGGGCGGGCCCGGGCGGCCGGCCAGCAGUGCGGGGACGGGCGGGCCCGGGCGGCCGGCCAGCAGUGCGGGGACGGGCGGGCCCGGGCGGCCGGCCAGCAGUGCGGGGACGGGCGGGCCCGGGCGGCCGGCCAGCAGUGCGGGGACCGGCGGGCCCGGGCGGCCGGCCAGCAGUGCGGGGACCGGCAGGCCGGGGAGCAGUGCGGGGAUGAAUGGACCUGGGCGGCCGGGGAGCAGUACGGGGAUGGGUGGACCUGGGCGGCCGGGGAGCAGUACGGGGAUGGGUAGACCUGGGCGGCCGGGGAGCAGUGUGGAAAUGGGUGAGCCUGGACGGCCGAGAAGCAGUGUGAGGGCAGGACCUGGAAAGUCAGUCAGUUCAAGCGUGGGACCUGGGCGACCAGGCAGCAGCUCAGUUGCACCUCCAAAACCUAAGUGCACUGUUGUAUCAGAAACAAUCUCAUCUAAAAAUCUAGUCUCCAGACCAAUUAAUGUACCAAUGAAUGGAACAAGACCUUCUCCAGGGCAUAGACCAGUGUUUCAUCCACAAGGUCUUCCAAGGCCUUCUCUUCCACCUAUAAGUUAUAAAAGGCAAAUAGAAGAUGAUGAAGAAUAUGAUUCUGAAAUGGAUGAUUUCAUUGAUGAUGAAGGGCAACCCCAGGAAGAAAUAUCAAAACAUAUUCGAGAAAUAUUUGGCUAUGAUCGGAAUAAAUAUAAAGAUGAAAGUGAUUAUGCCUUACGUUACAUGGAGAGCAGCUGGAAAGAGCAACAGAAAGAGGAAGCCAGGAGUUUGAGACUUGGUGUCCAAGAGGACCUAGAAGAGCUGAGACGUGAAGAGGAGGAAUUGAAACGUAAGAGGCAGGCAAAGAAGCUGAGGACACGUUAACUGAUUUACAGUGGUUUUGUUCUGUUUUUCUACUAUCCUGGUCACUCCUUUGCCUCAAUAUUUCAGCUCCUCUUAUACUAUAACUUUAGUUUUUAUUUGCUUAUUGGUGAGCAAGAAAAUAUGUAAAGGGAGGAGAGGGCAUAGAAAAACAAGGCUUUAGUUUGACCCUAAAAUAUUUAUUUUUAAUACUUGCCAGGGUUAAUUUUUUACAAAAAGAAACUAAUGCAGAUUUUUGGAAUAAAAGCUAUUAAUGAAUGUUUCCAUUGACUAAAUUAGUUCAAAAUGCAAGCAGAAAUAUUGACUGACUAUGCACUGGCUUGCAAGAUUUAUGUGGGCCCAUACACCAAUAAAUCAGACUUGCAUUCUUCAUUUGACAUGUGGGGAAAAAAAAGAUGAAUGCCAUUUAUGUUAAUUUUGAGAGAUAAAAGUACUGCUUUGUGUCUUAAAUCUCUUGGAUUAGGAUCCCUCAAAAUAUUGAAAUAUCAUCUUCUGUUCAAAACAGCUUGGUUAUAAAUUUCAGCCAUUGCCAGUAAUGUUUAAAGCAAUAAAAUAUGUUUUUCUGGUUUGAGAACCUUGUGUCUUGACAAAAAUAGUAAUUAAACAGAAGAACCUUUGAUUUCUAAAAAAAAGCUUGUCAUUUGUUAUACCUUGCAUUUAGCAGUGUGACCAAGUUUACAUUGGCAUUUUUUAUGUCUGGAAUGUCAAUGCCAACUGGUUUCAGUAAAACACAAAUAAACAUUUUUCCUGGAAAA